AUGAAUGUUUUAGAAUAAGUGGAAAUAACUAUCAAAACAUAUUGCUAUGCAAUAAUGAAAGAGACUAUGUCUUAAUUCAUCUGUUCUGGAUUAGUCUAUAAACUAUUUGUGUUUGUUGAAUUAAUGCAAAAUGUAAAUAUAAUGUUAUAUUUGAAUAGAUCUAUUUUGUAAUGCAUCCGAUAUUAUAAUUUGAAAUAGACAUAGUAUUUGUUCAGUAUUUUAAAUAAGCAAUUCAAUAUUCAUAAUUGACAUAUAUUUUGGAUGCCAUGGAUUAAAAUUAAUCGAUAAUAUUAUUAUAUACAGCAUUUGGAAUAUAAAUAAUUUUAUUAUGUUUAAUAGGGCUUGGUGUGAACUUUGUGAAGUAGAAGGUAUAAAUUUAAAUUAUGAAUAGAAAAAAAUAACAACAAUCACUUCUUAUUCAUUCAAAGCAAUUAGUUUUUAUGCAUUAAUUUUGAAUACUUUUCUUCAUGUUUGUUUCAUAAACAUUUUUUUAGUGUUUGUGAUUUGUUAUGGAGACUCACAAUAUAGUUCUGAUGUAGAAUGUUAUACAGGUGUGUAUAUUCUUCAUACAGUAAUGGCUGGAUUAGGAUUAUUUAUGUAUUUUUUAAUUCAGUAUUACUUUUCAACUUUUUAUAUUGAUUUAAAGUAAAUAAUAAUAAUUAUUUGUUAUAGGCCAUUUUCUGAUGUACCUUUUGCAUAACCAUAAAGUAGAUAUGAUUAUUUAAAGAUCUUAUUUAAAUUUGCAAUUCUGCUAUUCAUAACUAUUGAUUAUAAGGGUUAGAAUGCUUACACUUAUAUAAUCUUCUUACUUGUUUUAUAUUUAAUUUUGUUAAUGUUUAGAAUUUAUGAACCAUAGCAUUUCCAACUUGAUAUUUAUAACUUUUUAAUUGGCUGUGAUGUUAUUCAAUUUAGUUUGGCAUUUUCAUAUACUCUCCAUAAAUUUUUGGAUGAUGGUAGUCCUGAUAAUGUAGGAUUUUAUUUCAUUUUGGCAUCAAUUCCAUUUAUUUAUUAUUGUGCAAUAUAAAUUAGUCAUAAGAAGAAUAUUUAUUAUUAAGUUAAAGGUAUCAAGAAAUUAGGUGAUCCAAAUUAACAUGAAUAAUUAAUUAAUUAACUAAUAUAUAUUAUAGAUAGAAGAGAUAAUCUCUAAAAUUAUUUACUUUUAGAAGGAAUAUUAGUAUAACAUAUGGAGACAUGUUAAAAUACUAAUUGUUAAUGUUAAUAUUUAAGUGAAUCAAAAUCUAAAGAAUUAGAUGACUUAGUAUGGUACAAAUUUAUUAUUUAAAUGAUUGAUUUGUCAAUUACUAAAUUUCCAAAGAGUUGUAAAUUACAUUUAUUGCAAUCAUAUAUUUACAAUAACAAAUUAAAUAAUAAAUUUAAAUGUUAUUAUUCUCUUUAACAUAUUAAAUCUUUAGAAACAUCAUUAAAAGAAGAGUUUCAAUCAUAUAGAGAUUUACAUAUGCUUGAAGAGAUUAUGUAAGAAGAAGAUUAAAAAGCAGAAAUUAUUAUUGAUGUUCUUUAAGUUGUUAAAUUUUAGAAAUAUUUUGGAUAAUUCCAAAAUCUUUUAGAAGAAUCAGUAAAAAGACAUUAUGAAUUUUGGUGUGAAUUAUAAGAAAAUAAUCCAGAUAUUUAAAAGUUAUUUACAUUAGGUAGUUAAAUUACUUAAUCAGUUGAGGAUGUAAAGGUUUUGUAUGAUAAAUUAAUGGAUAUUAAUCCAAAUCAUAUAAAUACUUUAAGAAUAUUUGGUUAAUUUCAAAAUGAAGUAAUCAAUGCAGAUAAUUUGGGUUAAAGAAUACUUGAAAAAGCUACUUAAAUAGAGAAUGCAUAAUUAGCAUAUUCAAAUGAAACAUAAACAGAGAAAUAUGGUGAAAAUAGUAAUACUUGUAUUAUGACAUGUUCAGCUGAAACUAAAUCUUUAGGAUUGAUAUAAAGUUGUAAUAAGGAAAUUGAAAAAUUAGGAUAUCAUAAAUAUGAAAUAAUCAAUUAAUUUAUAACUCGAAUAAUGCCUAAAUGUUAUGCUGAUAACCAUGAUAAAUUUAUGUCUAAGUAUUUAGAAACAAAUGAAAGUAAAAUAGUAGGAAAAGAGAGAACAGUUUAUUGUUAACAUAAGAAUGGAUCAAUAGUACCUUGUUUAUUGAUGUUCAAAAUUCUACCAUAAUUAAAAAAGGGUUUAAGAAUGGUAAAUUUCUUUAAGGUUUUGGAGAAUUAUGAUUCUCAUUAUUAUAUCUUAUUUAAUCCAACAACAUUUUUAAUAUAUGGUUUAAGUCAGAAUUGUUAAGAUUCAUUUGGUAUACCAGUAAAUUUUGCAUAUGGUAACAAUGGUCAUUCAAAUGAUUUUACAAUGGAAAUUUUAAUAUUAGAUUUCAAUCAUUUAGUUGAGAAAUUGAAAAUUUCAUAAGAAAAUACUUAAACAGCAUUUCCACUUUAAUUAGAUACAACAAAAUUAUAAAAAUAAUUUAUAAUGGAAGAUUCUGUUGAUCGAUUAUCUUUAUUAGAAGAAGGUGAGAUUAAUAAUAAUAAUAAUAAUUUAUUGAAUCAGAAUGCAACAUCUGAAAAUUUGAAAUCUUCAAUUAAAAAGGAAUCUUUAUUCAAAGUAUACAAGAUUAGUUGUAUAGUUGAGAAAUAAUAACAUACUGAUUUAGAAGUGGCUAUUUUAAAGUUUAGUGAAGCAACAGCAUUUUAAGAAGCAUCUAAAAGUGGAAAUUAUUAUUAGAGUGAGAUAAAAUUAAAAUCUAAAUAAACAAAAUAUUCUUCAUCUGCUACAAAAAAGAAAGCUGAUUAAUAAGUUAAUGAGGAUUAUUUAAAUGAAGAUAGAUCAUCUGUAAAUUCAGUUUAAUCUAGUUUAAAUGAUGAUAUGCGUAGAUUAAAAGAUUUCAAAGCUUUGAUGAGUGAAAAGAAAGUACCUAGAAAUAUAAGAACAAUAUAAAUUACUAUGUUAUCAUUAACAUUAAUAUUAUUGACUGUGUCUAUAAUAGAUUUAGUAUUAAAAGGAAUAUAAAAUACUUCUUUUAAAUUUUCUUCUUAGAUUAUGUCAGAUGUUUAUUCAAGAUAUAAUUAGAUGUCAACAAUAACUUUGCAUUCAAGAAUAUUAGAGAUGAUUGGUACAGGUGAAUAUAAUAAUAGUAAUGGAUAUACAGCAUAAUUUUUAAGAGAAGAUGUAAAUGUAAUAUAAUUAUGAUAGUUGUUAAUUAGAUUGAAAUUAGUAUAAUAGUUACAAUUUGAUACUCUGAAAGUGAAGAAUGAAUUAGCAAAAUCUGAUGUUUAAGUACCUACUGCAUAUUUUUACAAUUUUACAUCACUUUUAAUAGAUAAUUCUUUAAAAGACACAGAAUUAACUUUGGUAGAUGCUAUAAGAGAAGCUCUGAGUCAUUUAGUAAUAAUGAUUGGAACAGAUUUAAAGAAUUUUAAUAGUAGUGAUUAUAUUACUCCAGCUAUGUAAUCUUUUUUUUAUAUUAAUUAUAAUGGAUUAAGAAAUAUUAGAUUAGGAUUAGAAUAAAGAGUAGAAUAAUUUUACAAUUUUUUUUAAGAUUUGGUUUCUAAUAAAUUUGGUACAUUUUUAACUUUGAUGAUUAUAAGUAUUAUAAUUCUUAUUAUUACUCAUGCCAUAGUAAUACCAAUUCUAUUAAAAGUAGAUAAAGCUAAUAAUAAAGUAUUGAGUAUGUUUGGUUUAGUAUAAUAUAUAUAUAUUUAAAAUAUUAGAUACCACCCUUAGAAAUUAAAGAAUUGUCUGAUAAAUGUGAGAAAUUCUUAAAGGAGUACAUUGAAGAUUUUAAUGAGAAAAAAGAACUUGAAAAUAGAUUGAAUAAUAAAAACUAAGAUGAUAAUAAAAAAUAAUAAUAAUAAUAAUAAGAUAAACAUUAUAUUGAAAUGAAUAAUGAGGAACAUAUAGAUGAAAAAUAGAGAGAAUAAAUGGAAAAGCAAAAAGAACUCUAAAGAAUAGAAGACGAAGAAAAAGAAAGAUUAAGAUAAGAAAAAAUGGAAGAAGAUAAAAGAAAGAAAUAAGAAGAAGAAAAUAAAUAAAAAAGAUAUAUGAGACAUAAAAAGAAGAAGAAACAUAAAUAUAAUGUAUAAGAAAUAGAAUUAACAGAAGAUGAAAGAACACGUAUAGAGAAAUUAGAAAGAUCUAAUGAAAAAAAUGAUUCUUCUGCUCUUAUCAAGUUCAUGUUGUUCUUUAUUUUAUUUACUGGAUUUUUUAUUACCUAAUUAGUUCUUGAAGUAAUCUAUUUAAAUAAUGUGUCCUUUUUAUUUGAACAUUUAAAAUUGUCUCAUUAAAGAUAUUAUAUCAUGAUGUAUAGAGUAUUAUAUGGAGUUGAAGAUAUCAUCUAAGAAAAAUAAAUUAUUAUUGAUAAUGUUUGGAUGCAAUAAUUAUAUCAUACAUAAAUUUAUGAUGCAGAAAGAGAUGUAUUUGAAUCUUAUAAAUCAGUAAUUAUUAUUUAUAAUAUUUUUUAGUUUUCAUUAACUGGUUAUGAUACAUAUAAAUAAUAUUAUGAUUGGUUUAACUUUAAUGAUAUGUGUUCUAAUGUUACGAUUAUGAAUCUAUUGAAUAAGGAUGUUAAUGAACCAGGUUGUCGCUAAGUUUAAAAUGGUAUAUUAGAAAAAGGAUUAAGAACAUCUGUUAUUAAUUUAGCACUUUAUUCAAAUGAUUCAUUAAAAAUAACUGGUAAUAAUACAAAAUAUAGUAUUAUAAAUGGAAAUACAUUCUAAAUAAUUAAUGAUAUUGUUAAGUAUAUCAGACCUGCAUUCAAUACUUUAAAUGAAGUUUAUAUAACUGAUUCACAUGAUUACAUUAAUUAUGCUUAAAGCAUAGAGAUUGUUAAAUUUGUCGUAUUGAUUAUUGCAUGGAUAAUCUUAUUUUUUGUAAUAUGGAUGCCUUAUUUGACUAAGUUAAGUAUAUAGAUCUGGUAGACAAAAGGAAUGCUUAAUAUGAUACCUAUGUCGAUUAUUUAAAAGAAUGAGAAAUUAAAAUUCAGAUUCUUAUAAGAUAAUAUAAUGACUAUGGUACAAUGA